AUGUCUAUGGUAGCUGCUGGUAUUGGGAAACUCGUGGAUGAUGGAAAGCUUCGGUGGUCAACUCUGUUGAGAGACAUCAUGCCUGAUAUCUACACGUGCCCUAUCUACUGGGGCUACAGAGCCACCAUAGCCGAUAUUCUUGCUCAUUGCUGUGGUUUGGAUGGAGAAGUCGCGAAUUUGCUCGCUGAUGGCGGCAAUAGUGGCAUAGUGCCUUCGCUCAAAGCGUUGUUCAAAGUCUCUGAGCACAUCCCUUAUCCACUUAGGUUUCGAGAAGAAUGGCACAUGUGUCCGUGGGGAUAUGCCAUCGCGUUGCAUGUCAUUGAAAGAAUAUCCGAGCAGCCACUUCACCAAUAUCUUCAGGAACAACUAUUCGGGCCACUGGAAAUGGAUUCAACUACUCUGCGGCCGUCAUUUGAAGGAAAAGGAAAUAUUGCCGAGCCGCAUUCCUCGCUCAGCAACGGGGAGGCUUUUCCAUUGAAGUUCCGACCGAACUAUGCGGAUUCAUUGUUUGAAGGUUCACGUGCGGCUUAUUCGACUGUAAAUGAUCUUCUCAAAUGGACCAAGGCAACAUUGAUUGCCAGCCAGACCACUGGAGAAUGCUCCACCACAGUGUUGAAACAAAUUCCGCAAAUCCUCAGUAACCGUAUCCCGAUGGCAAGCCCGUCACUUCUGGAGAGGUCUUACGGAUUUGGUUGGGCAAGAGUUCAGCUUCCUGGUGUUGUUGGCCUCCUUGGUGGUAACUCAACACUUUGGGAAAUGUCUGAGCAACCUGUCCUCGGACUUGGAAACCAAUCUAGACUCAUGAUAUAUCACCAAGGAGGAGGACCGGGAUAUUCAUCGUUCAUUGCUAUCUUCCCAGAAACACAGUCAGCCGUCGUGGUUCUCUUGAACACCACUUCGAUGAGCGAUGCUGCUGACUGGAUCGCUCGAGCUCUGAUCGAGAGUCUUUUCAAUUUUGACAAUCCCACUGAUUAUACAAAGCUAGCAGAGGAAGGCAAAAGACGAAGACUAGAACGUUUUGCUAGAGUCCAUGAUACACUAGCUAAAGAGCGUGUCCAAGGAGUACCGCCAGUGCCCCUUGAGUGCUAUAUUGGAAAGUACUUCAACGAAGAGUAUGAGUACAUGCUGGAAGUCACUUUGGAUCCCGAUUCCGUGAGUGGCCUAAUAAUAUCCUUCCAAGGUCUCCACUCUGAGCGCUACCAUCUUCGUCACUAUCAUGAAAAUGUGUUCGAGUGGAGCCUCUCCUUUGACGAAGCGAAGAAGGCAGGAAGAUAUGACGUCGCAGAUCCUGAAUACUAUAAGAUUCGUUUCGAGCUCUAUCCCGACAAUCGAGCGAGUUGGAUACAUUGGGACAUUCACGCCGCAUCUGUUCCGCGCGGAUUGGUAUUUAGAUGGAAAGACGAGAGUCUGGAGGAAAAAUGGCACGAAGUACACGCCGGUAUGAGUCACACCACUCCGACUUUACAAAGCUCGCUACUAACAUGA